AUGUUCCAUUCACUUACUGGGGCGCUUGCCGCAUGUCUCCUUCCCAAUAUCGUCUCUGCCAUUGGUCUGCAUGAGGCUGCAGUUGCCGCAGGACUGGAGUUUUUCGGCUCGGCAACGGACAAUGGGGAGCUGACGGACCUUCCAUACCUGGCCCAGCUCAGCAAUACCUCUGACUUUGGUCAAAUCACCCCUGGGAACUCGCAGAAGUGGGAUAGCACCGAGCCAUCCCAGGGCACCUUCAGCUUCACCAGAGGAGACGUCAUUGCUGAUCUGGCCGAGGACAAUGGCCAGUUACUGCGGUGCCAUACGCUUGUCUGGCAUCAGCAACUUCCCAGCUGGGUGACCAGUGGCAGUUGGACGAGUGCCACUCUUACCGCGGCCUUGCAAAACCACAUCACCAAUGUGGUGACCCAUUACAAGGGGCGAUGUAUUCACUGGGACGUCGUGAACGAGGCUCUAAACGAAGACGGCACCUACCGGACCAACAUCUUCUACACCACCAUCGGCGAAUCCUACAUCCCCAUCGCAUUCGCCGCCGCCGCAGCCGCCGACCCCGACGUGAAGCUGUACUAUAACGACUACAACCUGGAGUACGGCGGUGCCAAGGCAGCGGCCGCCCGCGCCAUCGUGCAACUCAUCCAGAACGCGGGCGUCAAAGUCGACGGCGUGGGCUUCCAGGCUCACUUUGGCGUGGGGACGGUCCCCAGUAGGAGCUCACUUACCAGUGUGCUCAAGUCCUUCACGGCGCUAGGCGUCGAAGUCGCGUACACAGAGGCGGACGUCCGCAUUCAGCUGCCCACGUCGGCAACUACGCUGGCGCAGCAGGCGACGGACUUUCGAAACCUAGUGGGUUCAUGCGUGGACACAGAUGGAUGCGUAGGAUUCACCAUUUGGGACUGGACGGACAAGUAUUCGUGGGUUCCGAGCACGUUCCCGGGGUAUGGGGCGCCCCUGCCGUGGGAUGAGAACUUUGUGAAGAAGCCCGCGUACGAUGGCUUGUUGGCUGGACUGGGGGUAACUGUUCCCUCGCCCACUACAACAACUACCGCGACCGUUACGAGUACCACGUCGACCACCACGAGCACAAGUACUGGUGCCCCCCGAUGGGGUCAGUGUGGCGGGAAUGGCUGGACUGGGCCGACUGUCUGCUCCAGUCCGUGGACUUGCACCUAUGUCAAUGAUUGGUACUCUCAGUGUUUGUAG